AUGAGUUCACCAUUAAGAAGAAGAUCAGCUUUGACUAGCAAAAACGUUAACCUUAAUUCAAGAUCAAACAACUUUUUAACCAAGAGUAUGAGUAGUAGUAGUCUCCCAAGCAACAGUUUAUCUAGAUCUCCAUCUGGGUCUCCAACAAGAUGUUCACAAAAAACUAAUAUUAGACAAAGUCCAUUGAAGAAAAGAAUCUCAGGAACACCAUCUCCCAUUAAGAGACUACAACAGGGCUUUGCAUUUUCAUUCCACGAAGAUAAUUCUCCUACUCGUAUAUCCAUAAUCAAAUCACAUGAACAUAUAAAUCCACGUGAAAAUGAUGAUGGUACGGCCAAAGAAAACGUAUCUCCUAUUAGAACGAAUACUACAAGCAAAAAAAAUAAUGAAAGUGCUAAAUUACAUUCCAUUGAAGAAUUCUCAAGGAAUAAAACAGAAAAGACUUCGAGAAGAAUCCCACUACAAGAAUUAAGAGCCUCGGAUUAUCCUGGAUACUUAGAAGAUCCUAUUACUCACAAUGUAUGCCCUUUAGAUGUACCUUUUAGUGUCAACCAUAAUAGCAGCUCAGAGAGCUCAAAACGGAGCUCGCCAUCUAGAAUUCUUCGUUUCUAA